UUUAAGAGCCACAAUCGGCGCAAAUGCUCCAGUUGAUCAGGAUGCUCCAGCGGCUUUUUGUGCUCAUUUUGGUGGUGGCCAGCGUGCUUUCUAGUGAAGAUCGGGACUUCAGAAUCCGAACGAACCGGGUUUGGGAGGAAGAGGCUCCGGAGAAACAGUUCUCCGGACGGUGGCAGGACCUGGAAACAAAUCCCUACGACAAUGUGGUACAUUUCGACGGAGAAACCCAUUUGGCCAAUGUGAAGCAGCUUACGUUCGGCGGGAUGAACGCGGAGGGAUACUUCAGCUUUGAUAAUUCCAAGCUAACCCUUCAAGCUACAGGCUACGGUACCGACUGCGAUCAGAUCUACGAGCUCGAUCUGAACAUCGACCCGAGGCUGCAGACGUUGAGGAGAAUCAGUACCGGGCUGGGAGCCACUACGUGCUCGUAUUUCUACAAGGAAGCAGACAAUAAUCAUAGGCUUUAUGCUGGAAACUGGUGGAAUGUUAAGGUUGAUAACACCACCGACGUCUCCAAGACAUGCCCACCAAAGCAAUGUGCUAAUCCGCAAACCGACGAGCUGAAGCAUCUCUGCAAUACAAGUUACACCUGGGAUAUUUUCGCAGACUAUGAUAUUUUUAAGGUUGACCGAUACGGAAACUUCGUCCAACGCCUCACCGACUCCCCAGGUUACGACGCUGAAGGUGUAGUCUCGCCGGAUGGAACCAAAAUCGCAUUCACCUCUAUCCGAUCUGGAGACCUCGAGCUCUACAUAAUGGAUAUCGAUGGGAAGAACUUGAUUCAAAUCACCAAUGAACUUGGCUAUGAUGGAGGAUCCUUCUUCACUCCUGAUGGAAAACGGUUGAUCUUCCGUGCCAGCCGUCCAAAGAAUGAAACUGAAAUCGCAAAGUAUAAGAAGCUUCUGUCGUACAAUCUAGUGGAGCCAAUUGCCAUGGAGCUCUUCAUAGUUGACAUCGAUGGACAGAACUUACGGAAGAUCACGAAUCUCGGAGAAGCCAACUGGGCUCCGUAUAUGUUGAAUGACAAUAAGCGGAUCAUUUUCAGCAGUAACUAUGAUACCGCUGCAAAUGGAUUUGGAGCCUUCAGUUUAUACAUGGUGAACGACGACGGGACAGGCCUUCAGCAAAUCACAUUCGGACAGAAUCAAUUCAACUCGUUCGCCAUGCAGAGUUACGACGGGAAGAAGCUGGUUUGGGGGUCGAGUAGAAAUGGUACGAUGUAUGAGUUGAACUUGUUCAUCGCCGAUUGGAUCGACUAUCCGAGUAAUACAACGGUUGCUCCGGCUGCUCCAACAGUGACAACAACUACGCCAGGAACACCAUCAACGGCUGCUCCGGCUGCUCCAACAGUGACAACAACUACGCCAGGAACAACAACGUCACCAUCCGCACACCUAUCACUCCUGUCAAUGUUCUCACUUCUUCUAAUUGCAUGCCUCUACUAAUCUGAUUCCGUACUUUUUUGAAUGGUGGUGGUCUCGAGGAGGAUAAUUUUUUUUUUGUUGGUUUUUUAUCGAUUUUCUUAUGUAUUUUUAUGAAUAAAACUGAAAAAAAAUGGUUGUAUGCGAAA